UACGUCGCAGGCUCAAGGAAUCCAGCACAUGACCCCGUCGGCGGCACUGGGGUGUACUUUGAACCCAUGGACCUGUCGCAGGCGACGACGGUCUCGUUUGAGUUCCAAGUGUUCUUUCCCACGGGCUUCAACUUUGUGCAAGGAGGAAAGCUACCUGGGCUUGUUGGCGUCGCCUCCGACCAGAGCGUUGUGGCAUCUGGAUGCUCUGGAGGCAACGAUGCACUGACAUGCUUCUCUACACGGUUCAUGGCAAGUUUCCGAAUCCAAGGCAAAGGCGAGAUCUACCUCUACGUCGACCAGUCUCUCCAAGCCGACAGCUUCUGCUCCAUCCCACCCUUCACCUACUGCAACUCCGACUACGGCGCCUCCAUCGGCCGAGGCUCGUUCUACUUUGCAACGGGCCAGUGGAACAAGGUCCGCCAGGUGAUCUCGCUCAACAGCUUCCAGGACGACUCGACUCCGAACCAGGACGGCGGCGUGCAGGUGUACUACAACGACAAACUCGCCAUCUCAUAUGACCAGGUCGUCUGGCGCGAGUUUGAGAAUGUGGGCUUCGCGGCGAUCGACUUUGAGACCUUCUUUGGGGGCAGCGAUGACUCGUAUGAUACCCCCGUCAGCCAGUACACGUACUUUAAGGGUCUGAAACUCGAGGUCAUCAACUGA